AUGUGUCUCACAAUCAAAUACAUCUACACCUGCGGACACGCAGACUACCACCCAAUCGAACCCUGCAGUCCCACCUCCUCACCCCUCAAUUGUCUAGAUCAGGAAUCUCAAGUACUGGACAUGCCGCGGAUGUGCGAUAGGUGUUUGGCGAAAAGAGGUUCGUCGGCUGCGGAUAUGAGGUUGCAGGAUGGGGUGAGGAGGAGGAUGAGGGGUGUGGAUAGGGAGGGGAGGGUGAGGGAGAUGGGGAGGGAGAGGAGGGGAGGGAGUGGGAGGAGUGGGAUGGAGAGGAGGAGGCAUGGGCGUGCGAAGGAGGUGGGGUGUUGUGUGGUUAUGUAG